AUGCGCUUCGAAAAGAUCAACCUCGCGACAAAAAGCUGGUGGUCUCCCAAGGGUUCUCCUGACCCCAUUCCCCUUGAACAACGCGAGUCUGUAACUCCAGCACCAGAUCAUAUCUGCCUCUCUUGCUCAAUUGGGACUGCUCAAGUGUUUGCUCAAGGCUGGAUGUGUCUUAACCCGCUGUGUGCUGAAUUCUGGAAGAUGGAAGGAUCACCGCCGCCAUCCCAGCUCACUUUUGCCCCUGAGUUUCUCGCAAAGCGGUCCAAACCAAAGAAUGUUGUCCUGCCUCCUUGCAGCUUGGUACCGGACCUCCUUUCAACUUUCUCCAAUGAUCAAACGGAUGUCACUGGGACACGCAUGGCAUGGAAGGGCAUCGUUUGCCCGCAGUGUAGAGCGUGUAUUGCCAGAAUCCAUUGGAGGCGAUGGGAAUGUUCGACAGCCGGAUGUGGAUUUCAAUACAGCCCACCUAUGAACCAUAUCUCGCUGCGAUCCGUACUGCCUGAUUUGGAGAUGAGUCCAUCUGGUCACAAACUGCCAACUGUUCCGAAGGAUAUCACCUCAAUGCCAACGAUCCAGUACAUGAAGAACUACCGAAAGGACACCUUUGUCCUUCCGGGUGCCGGCAUAGUGACCCAUUUUGCAGCUAACCGAACGGUAAACAGCUGUCCCGGUGGGCCUGAUGACCUCUUCAGCCUGAUGCAACGGGAAGAUCUAGGUCUCAGACGAUACCCGAUCUCUCCUUGUGUUGGUGAGUUUUUCCUUUCAUUCUUUCUUCUUCCCUUCUUGCUCUUGGAAAGUUUAGAUAUAUCUCUCCGUGUUGGUACCAAAAUUCAGGUAGUAAACGAAAAUCAAGACAUAUCCAAAGACAAAGCCUGGAUCUGUCUGUACCCAAUAUUUUCUAGAUUUAUUCAGUCAUAA